AUGAUGGGUUUCAUUACUGCUGAUGCUGCCUUGCCGAUUCUCGCCGUCGCAGCCGGCGUGAUCUUCCUAACCACAUCACCGCUGACUCGGAAUUUUGCAAGCGGAGUUUUGUCCGUGUUCUUGGAUAAAUAUCUUCGUUGGCGCUACCCUAUCUUGUCAACAGAUGGCAAACGACUUCUUCCUACUUGCCCAUACCAGUGGCCGAAUGGGCAAGGGGACGUCGCUAAGUUCCUCGAAGGGAUCGAGAACUGUGAUUUGUGGGAAAAGGAACAUGGAGAGAUCUAUCGAAUCUGGUCCGGAAUGAAGUCUGAAGUCGUCCUCACCCAGCCGCAUCAGCUUCAAGCUGUAUUUAGAGACUCUAACAAACACUCCAAGGCGGAGAACAACAACUCUGGUUACCUUAUGAGCGAGCUUCUCGGCCAGUGUGUUGGACUAGUCAGCCGUGAUCGCUGGAGAGCCCUCCGAGCUGUGACUGAGGUCCCGUUCCAACAUGAUAAAACUGGUUCAUACGUAGACAUGGUUUUACGGCAUACACAGCAGCACUUUGAUGACCUGAAUGCCUCUGGAGACCUGAGAUAUGGACGUAUCCAUCCAGCUCAAGACUUGAAGAUGCUUCCAUUCUGGAUCGUGGCUGAGAUAUUCUACGGGGAAUGUGACACAGUUAUGCGAACCGAGCUACAGGAACUAUGCGUCAUCCGCGAGAGAAUAUGGAAGCAGAUGAUCCAGGGUGGACUUGUCCGCUGGAACUGGUCUCGAUACCUGCCUACUGCCACGAACAGGGAACUUGCCCAAUUUAAACGCCGUUGGAGAGCCUUCAACCAAAAUGCUUAUGAGCGAGCAUGCAGGGAAAGCAACCGCGGUCUUCCCAUUGUCUCUAUGACCGAAGCUGCUGCCGCUGGUUCCAUUACCCUUGAGCAGCUAUACCAGACAAUUGAUGAAGCUCUCUUUGCCAACUUGGAUGUGACAACUGGUGGCAUCUCUUGGAAUCUCGUUUUCCUGGCUAACCACCCAGAAAUCCAGGAACGGCUUCGAUCUGAAAUACUGGCUGCUGAAAACCGUGAUGCAUACCUCGCUUCAUCAUCGACAUUGCUCUCGGCCUGUGUAUCUGAAUCAUCUCGCCUGAAGCCGCUGGCUGCCUUCACAGUUGCACAGUCUCCCCCUACCGAUCGUACGGUUGGAGGAUAUUGUAUCCCCGCUGGAACUAAUAUUGUUGUUGACACUUACGCUCUGAAUAUCCGUAACGAAUUUUGGGGUGAAGAUCGCAAGUCAUAUCGGCCAGACCGUUUCCUUGAACAUCGUGCUACGGAAUUGCGAUACCAGUACUGGCGUUUUGGCUUUGGUCCACGGCAGUGUAUGGGUCGGUAUGUGGCAGAUCUGGUUAUCCGGACCCUUUUGGCGCAUUUGGCUAUUAACUACGAACUUGGCUGGUUGGAGUCAUCGACUAAGGAGGACGGAAAGUGGAAGAGAGACCUGGAGUCUUGGAUCACGCUUCCAGACAUGCAGCUUAAGUGUGUCAAACGCGACAUUUUGUCAGCUUAG